UUAGGUUGAGAAGCUUUAAGUUAAACAAAACACUGUGGUGGCAGACAAGUCGUAUUUAUGGUCGUAUUUACCACCAUCCACAUCCCUCAAUGCCUACUUUGUGCUUCUUGACCCGCCCCACCGCCCAACUAAACCAGGACUGCUCUCCCUACCGACAGCCUCAGCCGCCACCGUCAUUCAUGCUUCGGCUUCUAAAUUUUAGAGAGCAGACAAGCCAUCCUCAAGAAAUUGAAAAGAAAAUGGAUUUUGAAGAAGACAAACCAGCGGACGAAGAUGGUGAAAAAGCUAAUGACAGCGAACAGCACGAAAAGGUCAACGGUGUUGCCAAAAUGAAAAAUGAAAAUGAUGGGAAAACAAAUUCACAUUUCAAUGAGAAAGAUAUUCAAGAGGGGGAGAAAGCUGAAAACUUAUUGAAAGAAGCUUCUUACAUAUCUCCAGCUUUGAAAUAUAUUCUUGGUGGAAGUCAUGAUAACACAGAAGUGGCGUUGAUUCCCGUCAGCAAUCCGCAGAACAAAGAUGGACCUAAUGUUUUGUUCAGCGGUCAAGAUGGAGGAAAUUUAGAUUUAAAUAAGAUUUUAUCAAAAAUAUCUAAAAAUCCAAUUCUCGACGAGAUUGAAGAAUCUGAUGGUGAAGGGGACCAAGGAUCGGAUCAUGAAAGUGAUUACAGUUUAAAAGACAUCGAGAUCGAAGACAUCGCCAAUUUAUUGUACUGUCCAAAGUGUAGUUUUAAAUGUUUGCUUGAAACGGAUCUAAACGAUCACUUGAAAGUGCACGAUGUCGAUAAAACGUACUGCUGUCCCAAGUGUAGUUUUCGGUGCCAGAUGCUGAAAGUUCUCCGAGAACAUAUUAGGGCGGUUCACUCAUCACUGACCCCUUUUAAGUGUUCAUUAUGCGAUUUUAAGUGCAGCGAAGGUAUGGCCCUGAAGGAUCAUGUUUUAGAGAAGCACAAUAUGGUGCAAAAUUUUGUCUGCACCCAUUGUCAUUUUAGUUGUAAAACAAUGCCCCAAAUUUUCCAGCAUCUCAUGUCCCACCCUGAAACGAAUAAAAUGAUCAGAGCUAAAAAAGAUAUCACACAUUUGAAGAAACAAAUCAAUCUAAUGGUAAAUGGGAAAAAUAGGACUGUCGAUAGAAGUCCUACUGAAGAUGGAGAAAUUAAAAAGGGUGAAAUAGAAGAAGAUAACGAUAUGGUGAAAAAAGACGAUGAUAUUUAUGUCUGUUCGUUUUGUGAUUUUCAGGCAAAUAAUAGUGAACAGUUAAUGGAGCAUAUUAACACCCACACCGGUGAAAAACCGUUUAAAUGUCCUCAUUGUGAUUUUUGCUGUGGUGAUAAAAAAUCAUUAAAUGAACAUAGUGAAUUUCAUCUCCCUCCAGAUUGUUUUAAAUGUGAUUUGUGUGGGGAGACUUUCAGUUCUAAAAAAGAUUUGAAAGUUCACAUACAUCAACAUGAUAUGAAACCUUAUACGUGUGACCAAUGUAUGGCAGCUUGUAGCAGUGCGUCAAAUUUAAAACGGCACAUGAUGCGACACACCGGAGAACGACCGUUUGCUUGUACUUUAUGCGAUUACAGAUGCAUUCAACCGUCCAGCCUUAAAAUGCAUAUGAGAAGGCACACGAGGCAGGUGACGUUCUCCUGUUCGUUAUGCCCGUUCCAAACAUCAGACAGGGAUGAGUACAGAAACCACAAAGAUCUUCAUAGAGGAUCUAAGCGGUUUAGUUGCAACUUGUGCGAUUACAGAAGUGUCACUCAUGCCAGUUUGAAAAUCCAUAUGAUGAAGCACACUGGUGAGAAGCCUUUCCAGUGUGAUCACUGCGAUCAAAAAUUCACUCAGUUAGCCAACCUUAAGAAACAUUUAAAAAGGCACACUGGUGAAAAACCAUUUUCCUGCCCUCAUUGUGAUUACCAAUGUAUACAAAGGUCGAGUUUGGACGGCCAUUUGAGAAAGCAUACAGGAGAAAGGCCUUUUGUCUGUAUAGACUGCGACUAUACAAGCUUGCAACUAUCAACAUUAAGAAAACACAUGGCAAAACAUGUUAAACCUUUGUCAUGCACGCAGUGUGAUUUUUUGUGUUUACACUUAGCAGCGUUAAAAGAACACAUGAUGGUUCAUUCUGAAGUAACAAUGUUUUCAUGCUCAGAAUGCGAGUAUUCAUCCCUUUUGCCGUACAGUCUUAAAAAGCACAUGCGAAGGCAUUCGAACGAAAAGCCUCUUUACUGUACCGAAUGCGAUUUCAUGUGUACCAACCCUGUAAGCCUCGAUAGGCACAUGGAAGAUCACACCGAAGAGAUCAUGUUCUCUUGUAUGGAAUGCGAUUUCCUGUGCAAAGAUCUCAACAAUUUAAACGCCCACAUGGAGAAGGAACACGCAUACGUUGAUAGAGCGGAAGAUAUCGGGUAUAAAGCCGAAGAAGACUUCGCUACUGAAGACGGUAUCGAAAGUUUUGCUAUGGAAGAAGCUGAGACCGGAAUAGAAAUGAAAGAUCUGCUGCAUGCACAAUCUGGAGUUACCACUUUUUGUGUAGAUAUGACGUAAUUUUAUAAUAAAGUAUAAUUAUGUUUUUAAUUUAAAAUAUAUAUUUAACUAAAGCUAUCUUUAAAAAGUGU